UGCCUGUAACUCAUAUCCAAGGCUCAGGAGCAAAAUCCAGUGUGUGUGAGAGAGAGAAAAAAGGGGGAGGAUAUCUUUCCCCCCACCCCCUAAUGCAUGCCAGUGUUGGAAGAAGCAGGCAGAGAGAGAGAGAAAAGGAGAAACAGAAGAGAUCUGCCUCGCUCGCGUGCAUGUUUCCUUGCAUGCUAAGGGCUAAGAUUUGCAUCAGGCUGACUGGGAACUGCAGGUGCCACACUGUUACAGUGAGAUGAUUUGAUGGUAAAACCAGCACUUUCAGACUCGUGGAGCGUCUGCCUUCAUCCACCAGACUUGAGCUGGGUGGUGGUGGUGGUGGUGGUGGAUACGGGCUGUGUGUUCUCUUUUCCAGGGGCUGCACUAUGGCAGUCUUUUAGUAGGAUGCAUCCUCCCUUGGCUUUGUUCUGCAGAUCCACCCAUCUUCCUAACAAUCAAGUAACAGGCUAUGGUUUCCUCUUGGAGAAUCUUUCGUGCUUUACUGUUGCCUCCGGUUAGUUUUUGGCCUUGGCUGGAAUUUCUUCGCCUUACGUUUUGGUUGGCUUCUGUUUGAAAGGGGAGGACAAUUUUUUUUAAAAACAAAGGAAGGAUCUAUGUAUCUUUUUUUCUUCCACAGUAUUGGGUGAUAAUCCAGCAUCGGUCUGGAGUGGGGGAUAACUAUUCACCCUGGCUGAAAAACACAUCCAUUGAGGAGUCUGAAAGAAAUUAACCACGUGAGGGAAAGGGGGGGGGGAAACCCUGGGAGAUCAGGAUUUUAUCUUUUUUUUCUUUUUUGGUCUGUGAUAAAACUGGUGCCCCUCUUGAGGAGAACUGAUCUCAAUUUAUUAUUAUGCAACAACCACAAGGAUCUCAUCUUUCUCAGGGUGUAUAAGCGCUGGAUUGCUUUUCGCCCAAAUCAAUGUGGUUUCUUUGGAACAUUUUCAGCAAAGGAUCGCAUAUGCUGCAGUGUCUUUGUGGCAAGAGUCUUAAGAAAAACAAGAACCCAACUGAUCCCCAGCUCAAGGGUAUAGUGACCAGGUUAUAUUGCAGGCAAGGCUACUACUUGCAAAUGCACCCCGAUGGAAGUCUCGACGGAACCAAGGAUGACAGCAGUAAUUCUACAUUGUUCAACCUUAUACCAGUUGGACUUCGAGUUGUUGCCAUCCAGGGUGUAAAAACAGGACUGUAUAUAGCCCUAAAUGGAGAAGGGUUUCUUUAUACAUCAGAACUUUUUACAGCAGAAUGCAAAUUUAAGGAGUCUGUUUUUGAAAACUAUUAUGUAAUCUACUCAUCAAUGCUCUACAGACAACAAGAAUCAGGUAGGGCCUGGUUCCUGGGGCUCAACAAAGAAGGGCAAGUCAUGAAAGGUAACAGAGUGAAGAAGACAAAACCAGCAGCUCAUUUUCUACCGAAGCCAUUGGAAGUUGCCAUGUAUCGAGAACCAUCUUUGCAUGACGUUGGAGAAACAGUGCCAAAGGCCGGGGUGACUCCAAGUAAAAGCACAAGCGCAUCGGCAAUAAUGAAUGGAGGCAAACCAGUUAACAAGAGUAAGACAACAUAGCCAGGUCCGCAUGGGUAUUGUGACUUACUGAGCUCUCUAAGUACGGCUGAGCGCUUUAUCCUUGCAAGACUGUCUCACUCUAGCAUCUGCGGAUCAGCUGGAGACAAGCAAAUGCUUUCUCUCCGCUUGUUCCAAACUAGGCUGUUGCAAACGGAUAAAUGUCAACCCGUUUAGGUCCUCCCGCAGCAAAGAAGACACCUGGAUAAACCAGCUGAACUCAGACCAUGGAAUGCCCUACCAGAUAUGGAAUGCCUUUUUAAUAUCUUUUCUGUGACUGUGACACCUCAUGUGAAUGACAUACUUCACAAGUACACUUGAUAUCCUGCCUGCUGACAGUUACCCAUAACCCCCCCCCCCUUUCAAGUCCAGGAAACCCACGUGUUUUAAGUUCGAUUUUGUAGCACACAAAAUAAUAUCAAGUAAUUUCUAGAUAGAUGCUGUAAACCUGUGCUAUUAUGGAUUUUCUCUUCUCUCCCCUUUUUUACGAGGCUGCUCGCUCUGCUGUCUGUGUGACUCCUUUGCAGGGAUUGUGUUUCUCUCAGAUUUAAAUGUUGCUGGUGGCUUAGUUUUGAAAAAAAAGCAAUCAGGGAAUCAGGGGAGCCUUCAAAACCCCCUUAGGAAUUGUAUCUGUCAAAGAAGAGAGCAUUGUCUCAGAGUGACCAACGGGAAUUCGACGUGACUUCAGUGAGCUCCUGAGGUUGGCAUUACUGUGGAGGGGGAAAGCAUCAAAUAAGGCUUAUCAACAAUCUCUUGAGGCCAAUGUUUGACAUUCCCUGGUAGUUCCUUUUUGUGUGUGUGUUUUAUACAUAUCACAGGCUUACUGGCAAUGGUAACAUUUGCCUUGCCCAGCGAGCAAGACCCACACAUUUUUGGGAAAGUGGGUCCAAAGAACUCUGUAGGCCUUGUAGGCCUGAAUUAAGGCUCAUUUUUUUCAUCUACUAGUCAUUAUUUGAAAGUCAAAACAAUAGUUAAGAUGAAUGAGAACUGCGCUACCUAAACCCAUUCCCCUCCAACCCCCCAACCCGCAAUAUCUUUUUCCUGUUUUUAAUGAAUGGAACGUAAUCCCAUCCUUAUUUUUUGGCUGUAAACCAUCCUCUUACUCAGUAAAGCAUGGGCAAGGAAAUUAUUGUGUUCUUUUUCGCAGCACCAAUGCAAAGGGUAGUUACAAAAUAUACUUUACUAUUUUCAGUGUUUAAAAAAAAGAGGGAAGUUUUUAAACAGGACGUAUUUAAAGAAUUCUUUUGUGUUUAUUUUUUAAAAAGCUCAGCAUGCAGAAUUCAAUGCUCUGUGUAUUAUUUCACCCGUACUCCGGUACUACAUCUUUCCAGGUCAGCUUCUUAGGAUAAUAUAGGCCCACCAAAUUGCUAGGUUUACGGUGCCUUGCCUUGAUCUCAGUAUUGUUUUCAUUGUACUAUUACAUGAACCUAGGAAAUUCAAACAUGACCACAUGGCCAAGAUCUUUUAUUAUUCGUUGGAGUGUGUCAUCCCCCCCCCCCCGCCCGGCGCCCUUACAAAGGAAAACCCUGCUGUGGAUAUUUCCUGGUUACCAAUUUAGAAUGAUGCGGUCAGUUUAGAAUUCCCAGGAUAAUGGUCACGAGUUUUAGAAAACAGGGGGAAAUGCUAUGAGACACUGAAUAAACAGGAAAGGAGUUGGAAAAUAUUUCUGAGUCAACUUCACAAAAAUAGAAAGCUUGAUAUGGACCAAAAUGUACCUCAAUUCUGGAAAACCACGUAUGAGACUACUGGAGGUUCAUGUUUAAUGUUAACUCAUUUCUUGUUCUGUUUCAAUACAGUAUUUCAGAAAGAUUUUCAAAGUUCUAUCCUGCUCAGGUGGCUACAGGUCGAUGACUGAUUAAACUCUUGAUGCAUAAUAUGA